AAUGGAAGAACUUAUAUGUCCAUAAUGUCAUAAUAUAUUCAAUGAAUUUGACAAUAUUCCUCUCAUGCUUCCAGAUUGUGGCCAUACCAUCUGUCAAAAAUGUAUUCAAUACAUGUUAUCCAAUGCUGAUGGUUAGUAGAUCUCCUGUCCAGAUGACAAGUAUUUUUUCUAAGUUCAUUUUAUCAUUAGUAUUUUAGCAAAAGGCAAGACUUAAAUCUCAUAAUUUCCUAAAAAUUGCUAACUUUUGAAAAUGAUUGUUAAAUAAAGACCAUCUAUUGAGUAACCUGAAUAUUAGUUACAUCUCAAUAAUUUAGCUUAGGAACGAAUUGAAUUGUGUGCUGAACAUUUAGAAAAGUUAGAAAUUGUAUGUUUAACAGAUAAUAUUCGAAUUUGUACUAAAUGUGCUUUGUUUGGAAAUCAUAGACAUCAUGAAAUGAAAUCAGUUGAUGAUGUAGUUAGAGAAGUCACUCUUAAAGCUGAAAAUAUUAUGUAGACUUAUUAAAAAAUCUUGGAUAAACAAUAAGAAAUGACUGAAUCGAAGUUUUUUGAGCCUUUAAGUGAUAAAUUCUAAGUAAUGCUUAAUGAAAGUUCAAUGUCUGUUAAGGAGAAAUUUAGGGAGUUACAUUAAUAAUUAGAUUAGAAAGAAUAUAAGUUAUUGGAACAAUUGAAUGGUUUAACUUCGACUUUAGAAUAAUAGACCAAAAGAUAGAUCAAAGAUUAGAUUUAAUAGAGUUUAUAGUAAGCAGAAUUAUGGAAAAUUGGAGCAAAGGAUCGUUUGCUCUAUUUUUCUACUAUGACAGAUAAUGGUGAGUUACCUUUAGAUUUACUUUAUAAUUAAGAGUUUAAAGGAAAUGCGAUAAUAGAAGAAAUGGAUAGAACAAUAAAAAUAUUAGAAUAGAAGAUUAAUAAUAUUAGAAUUAGAAAAAUUCGAGUGAACUUUAAAAAAGCUGAGAUAGAUAAAUGUUUUGAUACAAUGUGCUCAUUAACAUUAUAAUUAAAUCAUACUGAAAACAAUCAUAUUGAAAAUAGUUUUACAAAAUUUGAUCAAGAAGAACCACUUCUUUUACGAGAUAAUUCUGUAGCAGAUUGGACUGAAAAUGAUGAAAGUUUAAUUACUUAAGUUAGUUAAAAUUAGAGUCAUGUAUCUACAUAAUCAUAAGUUAUAUAAAUAAAAAGUUCUUUAAGAACAGAAAAUCUUUGUAGUUCUAUACCUCCUCUUAAAACGAAUAAAUAAAAAAGUCCAAAUAAAGAAUAAUAAUAAUAAUCAAAUAAUAAUCUUUAACCUCCAGCUCCAAUAUCAAUAUUACGUUAAGGUAUUUCUCCAACCCCAAAAUUAUAAGAUAAAAAAAAGAAAACAUUUAAAAUGAAUGAAAAAUUUGAUUCUGUUUGGCAGGCUUUCAAAAAUGAUAAUUUAGAAAUUGCAGAUUUUUCUAAUGCUGGUAAAUAUUUAUUUGUUAAACAUUUUAAGAAUUAGGAGAUGAAGGAUGUUCAAUAAUUGCAGAUUAAUUGAAAAUUUGCAAAAAAGUGAAAUAGUUAAAAUUAGCAAGAAAUAAGAUUAGUGAUGAUGGUGCAACAAUAUUAUUGUAAGCUUUAACCUAAAGUAACAAUUUAGUUUCAUUAAAUUUAUCUUCAAAUAUGAUUACUGAAAGGACAUUGGAUCUAAUCUUAUUUUUGAUAAAUAAUCGUAAUUACCAAAGAAUAUCUAUUUAUCAUAGACUCUCAUAAAUGCAACAAAAUCUAGGAAAAAAGUAGAAGAACUUAAAAAGUUAGGAUACUUAGUUAACAUAUGAUGGAAUAAUUUGAAAGUUAAUUAUUUAUAAAUUAUUCAAUAUAA